AUGAAACCAACAAGACGCCCUCUUCUCGCACGCGGCUCAGCGGAUAAUGCCCAUGUUCGGCAUGCGGCGGCCCCUGCGGCUCGCCUCCGUCUUGAUCUUCUUCACACGCGCCGUACGACUCGCAAUGUAAUGAAUCUUAUCAUCGAUCUCAUCCACCAGCUCCGUCGACCGCGGCGCCCAGCCCUUGAGCACGGCGAUCAUAUUGGCGAUCCCCCCCGGCGGCAGCACAUCUCUCCAGACGGCGCUGACAAUCUGGACGCGGCUCUCCCUCUGAUCCAUCCUAGCCCUGACCAGGCCGGAGUACACGACGUGCAGCACGACGUCCUCGACCUGUCGCACGGUCACGGUCUCCACGGCCAGGCGUGUCAUGAGGUGCGCGUACUCCAGGUCGUUGCUGCCGUCCGCCGGGGACACGAGCGUGAGUAUGACGUAAUGGACACUCUGGUCAAUUCAAUGAUGAUCUGUUUGGUCCAAUUUUAA